AUGCCACUCCAAUUCUGGAGAUCGCCUGGACAAGGCUCAAAAGACACCGAUCCACUGCUCGAGGCAGCAUGUCCUCCACAAAUCGACGACGAUUACCUGAAAACCGACGAAGACGAUAGCGACGACGAUAGUGAUGAGGACGAGGAUGUGAAAGAGGCUCGUGCUCAGAGUUGCUAUCAGUCAAUCA